GCAAACCCUAACUUAGAACUUCUCCUUCGCUGCGGCCAAAUCCUUCUUCUUACUUCAGAUAGUCAGUGUUUUCUUGUUUGCUGCGUCCAGCCAUGUCGAUCGGGGAGCUCCCAUGCACAUACGCUGCUCUCAUCCUCCAUGACGAAGACCUCCCCAUCACGGCGGAGAGGAUCGCCACCCUGGCGAAGGCAGAGAACGUGAAGAUCGACUCCUACUGGCCGCCCUUCUUCGCCAAGCUCGUCGAGAAGAAGAACGUCGAUGAUCUCAUCUUGAGCGUCGGAUCAGCUUUUGCUUGAACGGCUUUAGAUAGAAAGAUUCUCUUUACUUUAUUAUUUGCCCAUCUGAUUUUGGGCGUACAGGAGGAGGUGGUGUUGCUGCUUCUGUCUCAGCCGCUGUUGCCGGCCUCGGCGGUGGUGCUUCUGCCUCCGCCGACGCUUCGCCUGCUGUUGUUGAGGAGCAGAAGAAGGUCAGUGAAGUCUGUUUAUUGGGUUUUCAUGUUUAUUGGGGUUUUCUGCUAAGAUAUUAAUCUUAUUAUUAUUUGAUUAAGUAGUCCUUUAUAACGUGAGUUCGCUUACGUGAGGAUUUGUAUGUAUUUGGGGUAGAAGCAAAGAAAGUGAUGAUGGUAUGAGAUUAUCUUUGUUUAUCUUAAAUUGAUA